AUGGUCAUCACACGGAUUAGCCAGACCCUCCCCGGCGGGCGGCCAGACCCUCCGCUCAAGCGGCAGCGGCACGAGGACGUGACCCCCGAGGAGCGGCCUGAGCCCCCGGGCGGCGGCGGCGGCGGCACCGUGGCCGGCCGCCAGCUCCGCGCGCCGGUGAAGAAAAGUAAGCCGCCUCCGGUGGGUCGGCUUCGCAGCCGCGGCGAACCCAUGCGCCCUCUGGAGCGGCAGAUCUUCCGCGAUUAUGGGCAGAGCUGGUACCGUUUCCGAAAGGAGCUGGAGGGCAAGUUCCACCCGCUUGACCCGCUGGCGCAGCAGCCACAAAUAACUACAGAUGCCCGUUGCAAACUGAUCAGCUGGCUAAUUCCAGUGCAUAAACAUUUUGGCUUUUCUUUCGAAUCCUUAUGCCUGACAGUAAACACACUAGACCGUUUUCUCAUAACCACCCCAGUGGCUGCUGACUGCUUUCAACUCCUUGGGGUCACCUCACUCUUCAUCUCUUGCAAACAGGUUGAAGUGCACCCACCAAAGGUGAAACAGCUCCUGGCCCUUUGUUGUGAUACUUUCUCUCGCCAGCAGCUCUGCAAUCUGGAAUGCAUCAUUCUCAACAAGCUUCAAUUCAAUCUGUCAGCUCCUACCAUCAGUUUUUUUCUUGAACACUUCACCCAUGUGCGAAUGGAAGCAUGUGAAGCUGAUGCUUGGGAAGCCAACAAUGCCAAAGCUCUAGCAAAAGGUGUGGCUGAACUUAGCUUGGCUGACUAUGCCUUUAAUAAAUACAUGCCUUCCUUGUUGGCUGUCUGUUGCUUGGGGCUGGCUGAUCAGAUGUUGCGGCACCAGAAACCGCUGGACUUGCACUUAAGUGACUAUCCAGAGGGAGUUUUGCAAGACUGCUUGGACAAGUUACAUUUACUGGUCUCUUUAAAUGAGGGCUCUUUGCCUUUGGUACUACCUCCUGAAAUUUCAGAUCAGUGUCUGCACUUAGAAAAAUAAGUUAACCCAACAAAAACUAUUUGAAAUUUGUGAACCAUGCAUUCGGAAGUUUAUGUUUUCUGUUUUGUUCCAGUUCCUAAAUAAAAGGAUCACUGAUAGUUGCAAUACCUCUGAAAUAACAGUAUUCACUUUGAAUAUUUACUCAAUAAUCUCUAAUACUGUAUUUAUAUUUAUUAGUAGAAGCUGUGGUAUUGAUUUAGCCAUAAGAAUCAAAGAGCAGAUUCUUUAAUAUUUUACAGAUAAUUUCAGAUUCUAUUUUGCACACUAGACAUAUAUUGCACUGACAUCAUUUUAAGUAAUAGCUUAGAGUUGUAAACAAUGUAUAUUAUGCCUGGUACUUUAUUUAUU